AUGGUAAAUGAGAAAAGCAAAGACAAGGACACGGACAAGAUGGACGUCGAUCCUGACGUGUCCACGGGCAAGUAUACGUCAGGUUUCGGUCCAUUCGAAAACGAUCCUGAUCUGGAGACUAAGAUUGCUGAGGCCAUGGAUCUUAUUCCCAAGUCUGGUGAACAAGCAGCGAUCGAGAAAUUGCUUUCCCUUGAGCGAAUCAACCGAGGAGCAGCAGCUGCUCCAGAGACUUCCGCUGUAUGCGUCAACAUCAUCCGCAUCUUUCACGGCAGGAAAGCAUGGAGUUCUAUUCAAGAGUAUACCAUUCUUAUCUCGAAGCGAAGAGCUCAGUUGAAAGCCUCUAUUCAAAAGACUGUUCAAGAGGUGAUGUCCUACCUGGACGAGACACCCGACGAGAAAACAAAACUAUCGAUGUUGGAGACUCUUCGCGAUGUAACAUCUGGCAAGAUUUUUGUAGAACUUGAGCGUGCAAGACUGACCAGGACGUUGGCGGACAUCCGGGAGAAGAAUGGGGAUAUUGAUGGUGCUGCAACUAUCAUGCAAGAGACACAGGUGGAGACUUUCAGUGGGAUGGAAAGGAGGGAAAAGUUUGACUUCAUUCUUGAACAGAUUCGAUUAUGUCUCGAGAAAAGCGACUUUAUUCGAGGGGCGAUAAUUGCAAAGAAGAUCAUGGCUCGCCAACUCAAUCGUGAAGGCCUCAGUGACAUCAAGAUGCGCUACUAUGCUUUGAUGAUUCGUAUACACAUCCACAACAGCGAUUUUAUGGAGACAUGUCGGGCGUACUUGGAGAGAUUUGAGACUUGCAAGGCUGGGACCGAUCAGGCUUCCACCAUCAGAGAACUGAGACUUGCUGCGUUCUUAGUCAUUUUGUCUCCAUUAGACAAUAUGCAAAAGGAUACUUUGCUGCGCGUUCAGGGGUUGAAAAUUCUGGAAGAUCUCCCUCGUUACAAGGAGCUUCUUAAACUGUUUUCUACGACCGAACUGAUUCGCUGGCCUGUUCUUAUGGAGCAAUACAUGCAGGAGCUGAGCGCAGUGGCUGCUCUUUCGAAGGCAGAAAUGAAGGACGAAGAAUUUAAGUGGGAGGCAGCACUUCAGGAGCGAGUGACGGAACACAAUCUGCGAGUCAUGUCAACGUACUAUUCUCGCAUUAAACUCCAGAGCCUUGCAGAGCUUCUAGAUUUGUCCCAGGAACAAACUGAGCGGAAGCUCGCCGCAAUGGUCUCUGACAAGAAGGCGCUGUGGGCCAAAAUUGACCGGCCUGCAAAGAUUGUAUCCUUCGCAAAACCAAAGGACGCCGACGCGAUUUUGAACAAAUGGGCCUCCAACGUUACAAAUAUCUUGGACACGGUUGAGAAGGCGUGUCAUCUUGUGCAUCGAGAAACAAUGGUACACGGAAUGGGUAACAAAGAGGUCGCCAAAUCGUAAAUAUUACUCACUUACCUAGGGUUUCAGAGCACAUGGCUUUCGGGAUUUGCGCUUGCCCCUACGUGUUCCUUGACGGUGAAUUGAUUCCGGGAAGCGACUAAUCAUUGUUUGCCGAGUAAAGGAAACUGAAAUGAGACGCAUCCCCUCUGUCUUCGUAGAGUGCAAAUAUGUCUGCAUAUUUGCAUUGAUUACUCUGUCGCUUCCUUUCGAAGACUGUAGUUUGGAGUCUAUUUCAUCAGAAACGCUACCCGCAGUAUGCAUGUACAUGAGGCAUGGAGUGCCAGUGAAAGCAACGCGAGGGGUGCGUCACCUGAGUUCUGUCGCUGUGAUGUUUACCCACACCUUUCACAGCUCUCUUGUCACAGAAUCACGAACACCUCAGGAGUGCCAGAACUCGAGAGCACUAAAAUAAGACCGUCACAGGGUUCUUCCCCGCUGUGAAUGUCACUGAGGGGUCAAGCUUAUCGAUCGGUACUACUGCACGCGUACAAGGUUUGGAUCUCCCUGUCAUGCCAGUCUGCCCCUGCAUAGCGAUGAGCAUUAACUCUUUGAACCUCAUUCACAAACGUAAGCUCUCUGUUGGAAAUCGCGAACUUCGAGCAAGAUUUUAACCAUGCGCAGCAAUUCUUCAUCCUUACGAAAAUAUUCACACAUCCGCACUGUACUGUUCAGUUCAAUAAACAGUUUUGGUUUGUU